GUUUGGUCAGCAUGUGUUCAAGAGCGCCGGCGGCCAUUGAGCCAUUGCUGGAGUUCCAGUGAAGGAAUGCGGGACGCACAUUGGCAGCGCCAUUGGCAGCUAGGAAGCUCGUUGAACACUCUUAGGCCUUACUGUAGCCAACUCUCUAUAUUGCUGAGAGGUAGAAAGAACUUCUCAAGAGUUCUUCGGAAGAGGCCAUCGUGCAGUACAUUCAGAGGCACCAUCUGGCACACUGAAGCAGGAUCACCUGAAGUGCGUCUACUGGUGGCGGCUAAAUUUUGGACGUCAAGAUGCAGCAUUGUGCAUUCAGAGACUAAAGAGAUGCCUCACACAAGUGAAGAGUGUACCGGACAGCAUUGCAAUGGCUUUCAUCCCAGCUCCUUACAGUGCUUCGAUGCAGCUGGGGACCAGGAAGUGGAAAGCGAAGAAACUGAUCUACCGCUUGUCAGUUUAAUUAUGCCAAUCCUCAAUGUAGAACAUUUUCUUGACGCCAUGUUGGCUUCACUUCUACUCCAGACCUAUCAAGGUCCGAUGGAGCUAUCAAUAUAUGAUGACAGCAGCACGGACGGUAGCCUCAAAGUCCUUGAAAGGAACCGCCCGACACUGGAAAAAAGGAUGAUUGUACUUCUGGUCUCAAAAGGAGAGGAAGGCAGGCCACCUCAGGGCUGUGGGUUUGGACGAAAUGUUGCGGUUAGACAGUGCCAUGGGGAGUACCUCUGCUUUGCGGAUGCCGAUGACAUCAUGCACCCUGAGCGGAUAGAGUUGCAGCUGCGGUUGGCCAGGCAGAGCAGCAAACUACUCGUGGGGAGCGACUUCGUGCGAGAGCCGGCGGACGCCACCCCUCGGUACACCGAAUGGCUCAACUCGCUCUCCCAGGCCCAGCUGUACACACAGCAGCUCGUCGAGUGCACCAUCAUCCAUCCGACCUGGUUCUGCUCCCGGGCCGUGUACGACGCUGUGGGGGGGUACGUGGAAGAGGGCCCCGGCACCCCCGACGACCUCAUCUUUUUCUACAAGCACCUCCGACUCGGUGGCUAUCUCGCCAAGGUUGAGAAGCCGUUGGUGACUUACACUUACCACGGGGCGUCAGUCACGGGCCAGCGGGGUGUCGACUGGCAGAAGAUCUGGGCGGUGCGAGUGGCGCAUUUAGAGACGCAGCUCCUUCCACACGAACCCUGGGGAAACGGCUUUACAAUCUGGAAUGCUGGAAAAGAAGGGAAGCGGCUCUACCGAUCUCUGAACGCGGCUAACCAGUCGAAGGUCCUCGCAUUCUGUGACGUGGAUGGCAAAAAGCUGAAGCGAGGCUCUUUCCACGUGCCAGAGACGAAUGUUAGAGUGCCAAUCCUUCAUUGGUCGGUGGCGCAAACUCCCUUACUGCUGUGCGUCAAAAGAGGUCUUACAGGCGGCGCAUUUGAGCGGAACUUGGACUCUUUACAUCUGCAAGAGGGCCUUGACUAUGUGUUCUUCAGUUGACUAAAACGUUUCAAGGACAAUAUGAUAGCUGAAAAGCUCUUACUUUGGACUUUCUUCAAGCGACCUAAGGCAACACGAUAUAUGCGCAUGCGUGAGAAUGCCGAAGCCCGAUUUAGAGUGCGGGUUGCUCGUGGUUGGAUAGUCAGCCUGGAGGCAGUCUGUCGCAAGCUUUCAAGCAAGCUUUGUGUUCCCCAAUCUUUAUACCUUUGCAAAGAAAUCAAACCGCUGUUGCUCGGAAAAAGCGCUAGGUUGGUAGGACCAAGGUGUUUUACUGCCAAUCCAAG